AGACCCACCCACCCCCAGCGCAGAACAAAGACGAAUUUUGGGGCUGAAAUAGAGAGAGUGAGUGAGCAGACUUGCAGCAAGACGCUGAGAAGUGACUGAGAGAAACUAAACAAUGGCGUUGACGGCGUGGUGCGCGGCUGCCAGAUGCUUUCACAAUCGGACGAUCGACGUCGCCUCUCUGCGCGCUCGGGUGCCGUUGGUCCUCGGAGUCGGGUUCGUAUCGGUGGCCGGCUCGAACCUCUGGCGAUCUUCGUCCUCUUCUUUCCGAUCCAAGCCCUUCGCUUGCUUAGCCAUUUCCACUGAUGCUGGUUUAAAGGAGGCUGUGAAAACUGACAAGGCUCCAGCAGCACUGGGACCUUAUUCUCAAGCUAUUAAAGCCAAUAACCUUCUUUUUGUAUCUGGCGUUCUUGGUCUCAUUCCAGAGACAGGAAAGUUUAUCUCAGACAGUGUGGAGGACCAAACAGAGCAGGUUUUAAAGAAUAUGGGGGAGAUUCUGAAAGCUACUGGUGCCAGCUAUUCCUCUGUUGUUAAGACAACAAUUAUGUUAGCUGACUUGAAUGACUUCAAGAAAGUCAAUGAAAUUUAUGCUAAAUACUUUCCAUCACCUGCCCCAGCUCGUUCGACAUAUCAAGUAGCAGCUUUACCUCUAAAUGCAAGAAUUGAGAUCGAGUGCAUUGCAGCACUCUGAAGUAGUUCAAACAGAUUGCAGGAAACUCAAAGCUAGAGCUCAAGCUGGGACUACGUUAGAAUUUUAGAUCUGGAAAUCUGGUUCAAUUAAAAUAAAGCAGCUAAAAGAAAUGAAACCCUACUGAUAUAAGGGGGCGGUUACCUAGAUGAGGAUUCCUAGUAGCAGUUUCUCGGAGUUGGAUUUCAAAUUGAUGUAUGAAGCCUUUUCAGCUAAUCUGAACUUCACUGCCGUCUUUAUGAAUUGCCUGGUGGCUCAACUGUAUGAUCAUGGGACGUUCUUGUCCAAUUUGGAGCCACAUUUUGGGAUUCGGAUUCCAAUGAAGUUCACUUUCAGAGCAUCUGCUUUU